AUGCAGGCGGCGGCCAAGAUUGCUCUUGAAAUUGAGGGGAAAGCUCCUCCAAAAGUGGUGAGCCAUCACAUUGCAAAUCAAGGUACCAGCUUGGGGACUUCUAGGUAUAGAAUAAGGAAAAGCUCUCUCCAGAGUUGUACCCUCUCUGGCUCUCGGAAAUUAACGAUCGUCUUAACCGGCCCUCUGCCUUCUCAGCUUGUCAAGCAUACAACAGACUUCGACUCGAAAGUAAAUCAGACAUCUGUGUUUGGCUGCAUGCUCGCUGCUACAACCUCUUUAUUGCCUCCAACAGGGGCAAACGCUUCAGGAAACGCGCUGAGUCGGAACCCCACUGUUCUCAACAAACCAACCACACAGAUAGAAGGUCCAAGACUAACCCAAAUUAGGGUAAGGUUGCUGCUGAGCUUCGGCAGGCAGAACCAUGGUUAUGGUUCUGCCCUUCUGGCCGUUGAUUCCGAUCAGCAUACCAGCCAUCUAUAUUGUAAAAUGAUAGCAUAUGGCGGAUUUAGUGCCUGGGGAGGUCAAGCCAUGUCACCAACCGCUCCUAGCUUGUGGUCUGCCACGUGUGGCCCCUCAACGAAUCAAGCCGAUAAUUUAAUGAACGCAUACACCUCACCACCUUGCCGAUGGAAGGGGCAGAUUCGCCACUUGUCCUCGAUCAUCUUCACAGAAUGGCGCAAAGCAAUAGCCCACGGUCCUCAAAACAGUCAUUUUUCCACUGUCCUCGCAACUUCCGACCUCAAUAUCAUGUCAGCGGGAUCCCUCUACACUCUUUCAUUUCCAAGGAACCAUCACUCGCACAACGCCUCGAUCAUACGGGGAGACGCCGCUUCGGGUCCCUGCCAAAAGGCAAGGGUAUGGAGAGGAUGGCAUGACGAAGUGGUGGAGAGUGAAAUGGUAGCAGUAUGUGAGAACGACUCAUUGACCAGCCAGUCCGAGCAGGGAACAACCGUCCAGAUUUCGAUCGAACAUCCACAGUCUCAAAUCCCAAAUCCAAUCUCUCAGCACAGGAAGGGGCGGUCUCCAAAGCAGUCUCUUCCCCUCAUAAAGCGUCAACGAAAUGCGACAGAGUCUCAGGGAACCCCCACGUCGGAUCGAACAUCAAUCAUUCCGGCUGUUCCUGAAUCGUCAACAAACCCCCAGCCAAACGAGAUUACGGUACCUCAACAGCCGAUAUAUCAAGAGGAGAACAGGGAAGGGAAGCAUGGAAGACCGCGGUCGUUAUCUAUUACGCGUGCAGGGGUGUACUUGAAAAGAAGUUUAUCAAAAUUGAAAUAUUUCGGGUCGAAACCCAGAAAUUCUCAAGAGUAUGAGGCCUCGGCAGUGUCCAUGUUCCCAACCCCAUCAGUGAAGAAGCAUAUUAACGCACGUUCAGUACCUCAACAAGGCCAUGACGAGGCAGUACGGUCAUCUAUUCCCAAGCCUCAACCUAGGUCCUCAAAGGUUCUACUUCCGCCUUUCAGCAUUUAUCCAACCCCUGCUACAUCUUUUACGAUGACGAAAAUUCCGAAGCCUCAGCUAGUAGUACCCGAUACCUCAGAGUCAAGAAGGCGUAAGGUCUCCUCAGUCUCCUCAGCUGUUUCGCAUCCCCCUGGUAAAGCAGCCUUAUCACACAAUAUACUGAAAAGGAGGCUAGUCAUCAUCCCGAAGCCGCUACCGCCAAUUCCCCAGAUUCCUACUCCUUCGGAAUGGCUGAAACAAUCAUCCGAGGGUGCUACCGGCCCCAAAGAUGGCCCUUCGAAUUCGAAACCAUCAAUCAAUCCUGAGCCCCCGCCUAUCUCGCCUCAAAUAACUCAUUCACAAGCAUCGAAGGUUCAUGGAAUCCGGCAAUCGUCGGGUAGGUCUAUUCACAACGAGGUCAGGCGAUCAAUAUUAGACCAAAGUGGCAGUCUGGAUCCUCUGUCUAACAUUUCCCCGGAAGCGUCAAGUUCAACAACAGAGGCCAGCAAAAGUGUGGGGGGCACGUCGAAGUCGGAGAAUGGUUUGCCUCCAGGACGAAACCUGAGAUCGUAUAAUCAACGUGCAGAAUAUAGUUGGUUCACAAACUUUUCAAGGCCCAUGCGCGCACGACCAAUUCUCGCACAAUUACCUGUGGAUGGGUCGUUCGUUAAACUAGGCCUAGAAACAUCCACGGAACGACGCCUUAUGAACGUUGACUACUCCUACUCUCCACCUACAGAUAAUCGAAAUUAUUCUGUCGGAUUCAGGGUUGGGUAUCCGGCUCCUCAAUCUCGUUCAUCUUUAAGUCCCGUUAGGGAGGGUGACGAACAGCAGGAAGCUUGUCACCCGAAGCGACACUUACGAAGCCUGUCUGCCCCGGCAGGUGGGGGGGAAGUGGCCCACGACUAUGAUAAAAUACGUCACACAGUUUUAGCCCUAGCUACUAAUGAGUCGCCUAGCAGGAGCUCCCUAAAAUCCUCAACCCCAAGGAAGACAGAGGCCCGGGGCAAUGUAUUGACAGGGGAGAGUGCGUCUCAGGGAGAGGUCCCGUCCAACACAUCAGUGUGCGCAUCCUCGAAUUCGUCUUCAUCCCAAGGCUCCAUUCGUGCCGCGCCUUCGACGCCCGUCGACAUUGGGUUUGCACAGCAACCAAUGUUUAGAGAAUCCAAAUCACUAGAUAGAAUCUCUCCGAAGUUAACACCCAUCUCAACAUCUAUUGCAAUUUCAUCGCCAAUGGCAAGCAGCACCUCUCUUUUACCCACACUAAUGAAAAGAGAAGCUAGUGGUCAUAUACAAGAGACUAUUUCAGGUGCUAGUCUGCCACCUGCUCAAAAUCCUCGACAGGAAACUCUGGAUAAGCACCCUCUUGAAGAUACGGCAGUUCUAAAUCAUGAAAUAACUUGGCCAUUGGCUUUGGGACAAUCCCAGCCAACAAAGCUACCACGGUCAAUCAUGAAGAAGCCCAGUCCCGGUGCUAGUCGAGCACCUACUCCAGUAGAGUCUUCUCCUGCAAAUUCUGCCAUACUAAAGCCAACUUAUCCACUUCAUGCAUCUUAUGCCUCUCAGCGGCAAGUCGCUUUUGGGGCGGGGACGAAACCGCCAAGUACUACCAGUCAUACAACCUUGGGUCAGCAUUCCGCCCAGACAUCCCAGCUACCUUCGAUUAUCGGACCAUCGCGAUCAAUUACGCCAUCUCCACCAGAAAGCAUGCUAUCUUCAUCAAGGAGUUUGCCAGCACUUGCAGAAAAUGCUGCAACACCUGAAAUGAUUAGGAAAGCUAUCGAGACCGUUCCGGGUGGCGGGCGAAUGAACCCUAAAAUCGCUCGCUUGAAGAAGGAGUCAGUGCAAAUGCUAGUAUCGCAAGCCGCCCUUGCCGCAGUAGCGGCAGCAGAUACAUCUUCGACCUACAGUACGUCUCGGAGCAGCUGGAACAUGUCACCUGCUACAUCAAGUCUGCUGGCAUCUAGUUCGAUGUCUUCGACUUCGACGUACUCACACUCCAGCCGGGGAAGCCGGAUUCCUGGGCAGAGUGCGGGUAGGGGUGGGGGUGUCUACGGUAUUGAAACUGAAGAGGUGGAGCAGAAUAGGGCGAAGAGAGUGCAUCCGAGUGUGGCUAUGGUCCUCACCGACUUGGACCGGACUUCGCAUUUCUUUCCCGCUACUCUAGAUGAGUUUUCAGGCAUCUGUAACAUGCAACGUUUCGCAGAGGUAAAAACAAAACAAGAUGCCAAUAACAACACACCAAACAAAAAUGAGAAAGGCAAACCACAAAAUGGUAGCGGCGAGGUUGAGCAAGUAAUCAUGAAUCGCAUAGGGAGGAGUUUGAGAAACGGGAUGGAGAGUAGACUCAGCUCGCAUGUUGGGCUUCAAGCUCUAUCCAACGGUGGUGUAAGGAUUAUGGCUGCAUUUCGGUUGGCGUUAUACUUUUGUUUUGAGAUGAGGAUGGCAAAGGUUCGCUCUUGGCUUGGAUGGAGUAGGAUAGUUUGUUUGUCUCUGGUGUCUGCGACGGCAUUGAAUCAACUGUCCAUAUGGCUCCACGAUAUUCUCAAUAGCCCCGGCUUCGUCCUACCCCUUCUCGCCACUCUAAACCCCAGCUUGUUGAUAGCCCCCUUAGUAGCUCCAAGCGACAGCCUGUGUAGUCCUUCUCGUAACACUGGAUGUAUUCCAAGCUCUAGAUCGAGAAUGAAACACAUAACUUGUAUCGGAAUGCGUAAAUUUAUCGUUGAGCUAUGUGAGCUCUUACGCGGAAAUGGCGGAACUUAUUACGGGAUACCCAUUCUGAGAAGCUGGUGCGGCAUGACCAGUGACAAAUUAUGGGGUGAUAUCUGUCGUGAGAAUGGAGAGCUUCGUGGUGUUCUUUUGGAUCGUGGAGUUCAGCAGAAGGGGGAGAGGAGGCUCGGGCUAUAUUUGAUGGUUGUUUGUGGAAAUCAUAUUAGAGCUUGGCGAGGUGAGCGCUCUGUGCUGGAUGAUAUGUUUCGGCCGGAAAGCUAUGAUUGCAGACCUCAGGAUGGAGGGGAUUCUAGAAAUGGAGGAGCAGACAGCUUUGGUGGGAUGCUGGUGCUAGCAGAGCUCCAUGGCCAAGCAAGGAGUGAUACCAACGUGAAUGUUGAUGGACAGCUAACGAGAGGAGAAUACAUACUUGUAAAUUCUCUAGCGAGCUUUAUCAGCUCUACGAAGAAGAAGGAUCUGGCCAUUUUAGGAUGCAUUGGAUCCCCUUUCCCGAUUUCAAAACCCCAAUGCCUUGGAUAUGUGUUGAGCUUGAAUAAGCCAUUCAAAGAUUAA